AUUUCCGGCCUCCCCCAUCACCUCAUCGCGGCGAGUGCCCCCGCGACCGCUUCUUGGAGGAAUACCCACCGGCAAGCGACGACCUCCUCUUCUCCCUGUCGACGAUUGGCUAUCCUCCCUGUGGGCGAUCGGCAUCCUCCCUUCCGCUCAUCCAAUAGGACCUCAAUAUGGAGAGACCCACUUCUGACAUGUCUUCAGCAAAUGCUGUGCUGCUGGGUGCAUUGGCUUCUGGUGUAAAUGAUCAAACAUGGUUUGUGCUGAAGGCUACAUUUUUGUUGCUUGGAUUAUGUCUUACUUCCAUGCUUGCUCUAGCAUUUUCAUCAAGUGAUUUCAUUAUUGUUGGCCACGUUGUUUUGCUUGUUACCAUAGGGACAGUUCUUUUUCUACUCCUAAACAGAUUUCUAGCACAGACUGGUCUGGUGUCUGUUGAACAACAAAUGAAGGAGAUGGGUAUUUCAGACAGAGAACAGAUCGAGAAAGACAAAAGCAAUUAAUGAUGUCAUAUCAGUGCUAUACAAACAUCAUUCUUCAGCAUUUGUGAUUGGACAAUUACAAUCCUGGGAAAUUUGAAGCAGAUAUUUGGAUCAUCCUUUCCUCAUAGUAUGAAGCCAAAGGAACACGCCAUCUUCAAUUACCCUUUGAUUCCUUCCCCUUGGACUUGCUCUUGUUGGACUUCAUGAAGCAGAAGCAAGAUCCGAAUGGAAUUUGAAACAAGAACAUUGUUGUAUUUCAGAUUCUCAGAUGUAGUACUCUCAGAUAUGUAUUUGGUUAAAGAAAUAACCUCUGCCUUGCAAUUCCCUGCUAUUUAAUUCAUCUGUGUCGAUCCCUUUCCUGUCACUUUUAAAAGAAGAUGUCUAUGGUCAUGCUUUAGAGGGAAUAGACCACAGUCGGAAGCCAUCUACUUUUCUUUUGUUUGUGUGGUCAUGCUGCCCAACUAGAUCUUAUGGUACUGUUUAUUCUUUUUCAAGUAGGAUUUCUGGUUGGAAAGAGACUUGGUUCACCUCAAUGAAGUUUGUUAGCCUGCUGUGAAUGCUUAUUA